AGUCAAAUUAGUAAGAGGAAAAAAAGGCGCGAGUGAGUAAACCAGGAAAAGUAAACGGAAAAUUCAGCAUCUCUGUUCACAGCUUCUGGCUUCUGUGACCGUGACUGUAAUGGAGGCGACUGUUUAUUUUUAAGUCUUUCUCCACCAACGACUCAAUAAAUAGCGUUUCUUGAAAAAAUUAUCAAAUUUAAGAACAUUUUCAUUUUAAAAAUUUGCCAAAAAAAAAUUAUCCGGUUGAUUUAUUUGGAUCGUAAUGAUGAAGAAAGGAGGUAUAAACCCUAAUAUGAAGCUCAAGCUUUCGCUUCCGUCUCCUGAUGAAGAAUCGUUCGCUAAAUUCUUAACUCAGAGCGGUACUUUUGUGGACGGCGAUCUGCUUGUUAAUCGCGACGGUGUUCGUAUUGUCUCUCAAACUGAACCUGAAGCUCCGCCACCUAUCAAGCCGUCGGACAACCAGUUGAGUUUAGCAGACGUAGACACCAUUAAGGUAAUUGGGAAAGGAAGUAGUGGAACUGUUCAGUUGGUGCAGCACAAAUGGACCGGCCAAUUCUUUGCAUUAAAGGUUAUACAGAUGAACAUUGAGGAGAAUGCAAGGAAAGCUAUUGCCCAGGAAUUAAAAAUUAAUCAAUCAUCACAAUGUCCAUAUGUUGUCACGUGUUACCAGUCUUUCUAUGACAAUGGUGCCAUUUCAAUUAUCUUAGAAUACAUGGAUGGAGGAUCUUUGGCUGAUCUUCUGAAGAAAGUUAAAACAAUUCCAGAAGAAUAUAUUGCAGCUAUCUGUAAGCAGGUGCUCAAGGGUUUAUUGUAUCUUCAUCAUGAAAAGCACAUUAUCCAUAGGGACAUGAAACCUUCAAAUUUAUUGAUAAAUCAUACAGGAGAAGUCAAGAUUACCGACUUUGGUGUGAGUACAAUAAUGGCAAGCACCUCAGGGCUAGCUCAUACAUUUGUUGGUACAUACAACUAUAUGUCUCCUGAGAGAAUCAGCGGAAAAAAGUAUGGCAGCAAAAGCGAUAUUUGGAGCCUAGGUUUGGUAUUACUGGAGUGUGCAACUGGUAAAUUCCCAUAUUCCCCUCCAGAGCAGAAUGAAGACUGGGACAGUUUUUAUGAACUUAUGGAAGCUGUUGUUGAGCAACCACAACCUUCUGCACCUUCUGAUCAAUUUUCUCCCGAGUUCUGUUCAUUCAUAUCUUCAUGUGUGCAGAAGGAUCCAAACAACAGACAUUCAGCUCAUGAGCUUAUGGCACAUCCAUUCAUGAACAUGUAUGACGACCUGCAUGUAGAUCUGUCAUCUUACUUCACUAAUACAGGCUCUCCUCUUGCAACCUUUUGAAACUUCUGAUAAAAUGUGAGAUAAUUUAAGCUGCAUGAAAUAUUUGGAAGACUUGGUAAGGUUUUAAGCUGCCAUAUAAAGUGCUUGCAUCCAUUACAAUGACAAGUCCCGGGCUCUAAAGAGCACCAUUAACAUCCUACCAAAAUAUUCGUUCGUCACGCGACGAACAGAAGCUGUAGAAAUGAGAGCUUAUGUUUUUUGGGGAAUGCAUUUUGUAUUAAUAAUUUAAUAGGAUAAUUAGCAGAAAAAUGCUGCUUUGCUAUAUCCAAUUUCACCGUCAUCCCCCAAAAUAACUUGUGACUCGGCUGUUAGCUACACUAUGUUUCUAUGCAUGAUUAUGAUAAAAUUUCACUUUUAAAUGCUUUGUA